CACAAGAACAAUGCCACUCGCAAAGGAUCUCCUUCAUCCCUCUCCAGAAGAGAAGAGGAAACACAAGAAGAAGCGCCUGGUGCAGAGCCCAGAUUCCUAUUUCAUGGAUGUGAAAUGCCCAGGAUGCUAUAAAGUCACCAUAGUGUUUAGCCAUGCACAAAUAGUAGUUUUGUGUGCUGGUUGCUCUACUGUCCUCUGCCAGCCUAUAGGAGGAAAAGCAAGGCUUACAGAAGGAUGUUCCUUCAGAAGGAAGCAGCACUAAGUACCCUGCUUGAAUGAAUGGGAAACCAUCCCA